AAGGAAAACAAACAGACAUGCCACCUCACGAUCCUACAUAUAACAAGGAAGAAUUGAAAGCUUGCUUUGCAGUGAUUAAGAAGAUAAUGGAAAUGGAUGAGGCCAAGUCUUUCAAUUCCCCUGUGGAUCCUGCUUCUCUGGGAUUACAUGAAACUGCUUGUGACCCCAAGUUCAUGUGGAAGUACGAGUGCUGGAUGUGGUAGCACUGCAGUGAGGGUACAGGUUACGUGUCCAGAACAUCUAUGGGUCAAGCGUGGGACCUUCAGGCACUAACUGAGAAAUAAAAGGAAUGGUCUCAUUUCUAACAUGUGUCCAGUUACCACUUUGCAUUAAUCCUUCUCUUAGUUGCAUGGAUAAUCACUGAAGUAAUUUGUGAUGUUAUAUAUGCAGCUGUCUGUUUCAUUUUGACCUUGAACUUGGAAGGGCGAGGAAUAAUGGUUGGCGUGAUGUUCUAAUGGUGUUAUUGUUUGCUAAAUGAAACAAUGCUGCCUAGGCUAGAGGAAAUUAUCGCUAUUGAACCAUGACCACAAGAAAAAAAAUAUGCUUUUGCAGUAUCUUUUGCACUAACCGCUCAUCUUUGACAACUUUGGGUCAAAAAACUCUAGUUUGCUACUUUUGAGCACAGAGAAUUUGUUAGUGGUUUCCUUUAUGUCUAGUCUAUUAUCUCCGUUCUUCAACUUUCUAUAAAAAUCCCAUGGAGUGCGAAAGGUAUUUCACCUUAAUCAUGAUUUUGUUGUUGCAAAAUGGAUGUAUGGUGAUUCAUAAAAAUGACCUGUUACUUUUUAGGUAGUGUUCAUGCUCAUGCUGUCAUGCACUACACUGGAUAUUUUAUGUAAAAAUAACACUAUGCUGGAUAUUUUCUCAUACUCAAAUGCCUAUAUACCAUGCAGACUUCUCUCUCUCUAAUAUUGGGGUUGGGGUUGUCUGAUUGUGAUCAGGAUUACUUUGCUGUCGUAGAUACACCAAUGGAUUUUGGAACCAUAUGUAAGAAUCUUCAAAAUGGUGUCAAGUACCUAAAUGGUGAGGAUGUAUACAAGGAUGUACAAUAUAUCUGGGAGAAUUGUCUCAAGUAUAACAAGAAGGGUGACUAUAUCGUGUACCUUAUGAAAAGAGUGAAGAAGAAGUUUAUGAAAUACUGGACGGCAGCUGGCUUGAAAAGUGAAAUACUGACCAAAACUAGUGGACAUUCUCACUUUGUGCUUUCAAAUGACCAUGCUAUAAGGCUUAGCCAAUGCGAUGCUAUGUCUGUGGUCAACCAUGUGGUAUGCGAUCUCAAGCAGAUGCAACAGAAUGAUUUUGGUAUCAUUCACACUCAGUCUCAGGUGCCCCUGCCAAGCUAUAGCCAGCCUUAUCAGUCACAUCAGCCUCAAUCUCAGGUGCCCUUAUCAGGCUACAGCCUGCCUUGUCAGUUACAUCAGCCUCAAUAUCAGGUGCCCUUACCAUGCUAUAGCCAGCAUUAUCAGUCACAUCAACCUCAAUCUCAGGUGCCCCUACCAGGCUAUAGCCAGCCUUAUCAGUUGCAUCAGCCUCCAGGAAAUCCUCACCUUUUGCCUUCUAAUGAUCAUUCUAAGAGGCAUAGCAAGGGUGACACUAUUUCUAUGGUGAGCCACGCAGUCAGCAGCCAGACAAGACCAGAUAGUUUUGGCACCGUCCAAGCACUUUCUCAGGUGCCCCAAUAUCACCAGCCUUGUCAGCCACAUCAGCCUCAGCUGAGCAAUACCCAGCCACAGCUUUUCCAGUCACAAGCAGUUGCAGAAAGUAAUUGUGCAGGGAACCAUAUUGUUGGCAAUCAUAUGCAGCAGGAUAAUUUUGGCACCAGCCAGUCCCGAUCUCAGAUGCCCCUCCCAGGCUUUAGGCAGCCUUGUCCAUCGCAUCAGCCUCAGCCAAGCACCGACUUACCACCGCAACUUUCCCAUUCACAGGCUGGUGCAGACAGUAAUAAUUCAGGACAUUCAAAAUUAGCUGCUCUAAUGGGUCGCUCCACGAGGCAGAAAAAAUAUGCAACCAGGCAUUCGAUGGUCUCCAUGAUGAGUGGCCCUACCCAUUCCAAGCAGCAACAACCCCAACCAAGUUCAUGUCAUUUAUGGCAAUCCCAGCAAAGCACCUCCCAGGAACAUGUUGGUGUAGAUAUUGAUGGUGCAGGACAUCCGCCACUGCCUACAGUGGAUUGUCCCAUGGAGCAAAAUGGAUAUGUGCCUGUGUGUCUAGUGGAUCCUGUGGAUUGUGCAAUGGAGCACAAUGGAGAUGUGCCUGGGUGUCCAGUGGGCCCUGUGGUUGUCAAUCAAAGUGAAUUGCAUGCCCAACAGCCCCCAUUAAGCUGUAACCAACCAAAUGUACCACAUCAGCCUGAGUCAAGCAUUGGGCAGCCCCAGCCAUCUCAGCCGCUGACUAGUUUAGAUAUUUCUAGUCCUGGACUAGCAAACACUAGCGGGAGGGGGAGGAGAAAUACACAGAGGAGCUCUGAGGACCCGUGCACCAGAACACCAUUGGUUUCAGGCUGUCACUCGCCUCAGCAGCCCUCAGGGAGUCACAGCCAUCCAGACAGCCCAGAGCAGCCAACACAAAAGACAAAGAAGAGGACUCGAGUUAGAGGCCCUACUCUGUGCCGUGACAUGUGGGACAUGUGUGAUGGUGAACAGAUAGCUGUUCCCAUCAACACAUUGGGGCAGCCUGUUGGUCCUGAAGCAUCUAAGCUAAGUACUUUCCUGGGAACUGUUGCACGGAAUGGUGAGAUGGCACCCCUUACUUUUGUGGAUUGGUUUGCAAUGCCAGAUGAAAAGAAGGAGAACAUGUGGCAGUUUGUCCAGACGAAAUUUGACAUUGAGCCCGUGUGCAAAACUUGGGUACUGAGAUCCCUCGCAUCAAAAUGGAGGAAUUGGAAAGCAAAAUUGAAGUCUGAACAUUAUUAUCCUCAUAAAACUGAUGAGGAGCGCCUGAAUGAUCGUGAUAGAAGAGUCCUUCCAGAGCAAUGGGCAAUCCUCAUUUCCUAUUGGAACUCUGAAGAGGCACAAUUGCGUAGUGCAAAAAAUAAGGCCAACCGCUCAAACCAGAAGAGUACCCACACUGCAGGCUCAAAGAGUUUUGCAAGGAUACGUGAGGAAGAGAGGACAAAGAAGUCUGGUGGAAAGGAGCCAACCAGGGCAGAGCUAUACAUAAAGACCCGUACUCGUAAGGAUGGACAGCCUAUGAAUAAUGUAGCAGCAGAAAUAAUUUCUAAACUCCGUGAACAAGAAACUCAGAAACAACAGACUUCAAAUGACAGUAAUGACUGGGAUGAUGCUUUCUUCCAAGUUAUGGGAGAAGAAAAAAAUGGCCAUGUGCGCACAUAUGGGUUGGGUCCUAACCCUUCUGAUCUUUGGGGCCAAAAACUUGGCCAUAUUGAGCUCAUCAGGAUGGCAUCUGAGGCCAAAAAAUCAGCUAAUGAAGAGGUAAGCAAGAUGUUGGGUAAAAUGGAGGCCAUGGAGAAGAAGUAUGCAAGUAUGGAAACACAGAUAGCUAGGAUGGCUUCAAGCAUGCAGAAUUUCUUUGAGAAGAUGGGUGCCGGUGAACCAUCUAAAGGCUUGGGUUCAAAACAGGCACAAGAACACUCCUCGUCAUCAAGUCAUGAAGUUCCAUCAAAUGAGAUUGAUCGCGGAGAGAUGUGAUGCUCAAUGGCCUUCACCAGCUUCUGGAACCAUAAACAAGUUACUAGUCAUGUAUAUUGUCUGUGGCUGAAAUGGCUAGCUAGACAUGCAUUUUGUAAUUUAUGAAGGAGCAUUAAACAUAUUUUGAUGGCAUAUGAGAUUGUAGGAGAGUGAUGAGCUAAUUCCAGUGAACUCUUGCUGUGUCUUGAAAUAAAGAUGCAUGGAUGAUCAAUGAUGGUGUGUUGCUGGCACAACUGAUCAUGCAAGGUGGUGGUAGGUUUUCUUUGUUGCUUCUUUCUGGGCAUGCCCUAUUUCAUAUUUCCUCCAUGAUAUAUUUCAAUUUUAAUCAAUUGAAAAGCUUGAACUCACUCUUUAGCUAAUAUUCUGUAUUUCAUGUUUUUCAAUAGAAUAUGAAAUUGGUAA